UCUCUUCCUCUGCUUCGUCUUCAGCAGUUCGGCCCUGCAGAGUCCAGACUUCGCCAGUCCUGACGCCAUGCGCCAUACGGCCUCCAAGGCGACCGGGAGGGAGAAGGGCGGGAGGAAGGGCGGCGGAGGCGAGCAGCUUCUCACCGGCCGCGUCCUCUCCCUCCGCACCCGCCUCCACGACGCCCUCGCCCUCGGCCUCACCAGGUCUGAUGGCCACGGUGCAAAGAAAUGGCAGUCUAAUGAUGCUGGAAUGCAGUCUCACGCGCUCAAAGCUGUGGCUGCUUUUAUCAGUUGUUUGUCAAAAGAAAUGUUGCGGCUUCCUCCUAUAAAGGAGUCAAUUUCUGAUAUUCUCAUAGUGUUGGAAGGUGUUCUUCAGACAAAGAACGUUUUGGUUCUGAUCCAAGCAGCAGAUGUGAGCUUAAAGUUAGUUUCCAGCAUAGGAAAUUCAAUCCGCCAAUACCAAUUUUUGGAGAUCCUUACAUCCUUCUCAUGUCAGUUGUCUGCUGACCAGAUACCUCUAGCUAUCUCAUGUGCAGGUGCACUAAACUGUAUAUUGAACAACCUUGUGACAGCAACAGUGUCGACUCAUACAGAAAUCUGGAAAGCUUUGGAGAGAACCAACACAGUAGCAAGUAUUAUUUCAGCUCUGCGCAGUUAUGCUCAUGAUGUUCAUCCAUUAAAUUAUCUGGCAGAAAUGAUAUCACUGCUAAGAACCAUGAUGUGGAUUUGGCCUUCCUCGAGAUACCAUGUAUGGAGUAACUGCAACUUGAUGGGGAAGUUAGCACAUCACUAUCUUGGCACUGAAACAACGGUUACUACUAAAGUUCUUAGGUUGUAUGCUGCUUUAGCUUUAUGUGGGAAUGGAGCGAUGAUCCUUCUCAAGGAUGAAGUGUUAAUGGCUAAGAUCUGUGAGCUAAUGGGAGCGUCCCAUAUAAGCAUUACUAGGAUUGAAGCAUUCAAACUCUGCCAGAUUCUUUUGAGAUCUUCGAAGGGCUGCAAUCAGUUAAUGACUUCACAUUGCCAGCCUAUUGUUGAAGCCAUAAUCGAUGCAAUGUCUAGAAGUGAUGACAAGUUGUUAGUAACUGAGGGGUGCCGUACUGCACUGCUGGUUCUUCGUUAUGCUGGGAAUCAUCAUCAAUGCUUUUGGUCCAAUGCUAUUGAUAAAGUAUUAUACAACAUUCUUACCAGUUUCCACAUCUCUUCACAUCAAACCCAUCACAUUUUGUGCCAUGAUGAGCUGUUCAAUAUGGUCUCUAAAAACUUCACGGAUAUACAUCCAUACGUAUGGGACAUACUUGGAUAUCUUGCCGUGCAUUGCCAAAACGAACAUCUCUCUGUAAGAAAAAGGAAAGAUCAUAUCCUGGAUACACUAAUAUCUUGUGCUUGCUCGCUGGCAGCAGGUGUCAUGCAAAGCAGUCCAUUGAAAUUGUCCAAAGAUGUGCAGGAGCCGGCUUUGAGAGCAGUUCUGAUGAUGCUUCUAUCUCCCUGUGGAUACAUUCUGUCUGAGGCAAGUUCUAAACUGUCAGAAGUUGUUAUAUGUCUAGGUGAUGACUAUUUGAACAUUGUGCUGUCAUCAUUAGAAUCAACUACUACGAGAAGUGUUACCACAUCUUUUGACAGUUUCCAAAUUAUGAUCAACCUGAUGAACCUAGUGUGCUUGGUGCUGUCACAACCUUACCAUAAUCUCCUUAACAAGAGAAAUUGUGUAGAUGUAUUGUCCACCAUUAUCAAGGAAUGUCUGCACAACCAUAUACAUAUUACGAGGUCAAAAGUUACUUCCCAUCUGCAUUUUUGUUUCGAUGGAAGUUCAUGUUGCUGCAAUUUCGGUGAAGAGUGGGAAGGUAAAAAUAUUGUUUUAUUCUAUGGUCUCGUCGUGCUGUUUAAUCUUCUGAAGAGCACUUCUUUAGUCUGUGUUCGCUGUAAACGGAAUUUGGAUGCGGGGAUUCUGUGCCAUGAUUGCAGAGAUCAUUUUACUGAAGGUUUCCUUAGAGUCCUUCAACGGGCUCUGUCUCAAAGCUUGAGCUCAGGACCCAAGCUCUAUAUUGCACACACCCUGAGUUUGUUUGGCCUCUGUGGUUCUCCAAGCAAGUUGGGCAGAAAGAUGAGAAGUGCAUUAGAUGAUAAUGAGCUAGCUGAUCUGGAGCUGUUACUUUCAGAUGGUGAAUCUCUAAAUGCUCAUACAUCCAUCAUAUCAGUAAGGUGUCCUAAGUUGUUGCCAUCUGUAAAAUAUGCCCUUGGCAGCAAUGGAAAAAUUAAUGAUGAAUGGGGCAAAUCUAUGUAUCGUGUUCAAAUGUCUGAUCGUGUAGACAGUCGUGCCUUGAAGAAAAUUUUGGAAUACACAUACUCUGGUUUUGUGAUGGUAGAUGAUGACAUUGUUAAAGCAAUAAGAACACUUGCAAAGUAUUGCCACUUGAAAUCAUUGCAAGAUAUGCUUCAGAAAGAGCAACCAAGAUGGAACUCUGAUUGUCCCAGUUACGAUCUUACUGUAGCACUUGGACCAGUUGACCACUCAUUCUCGGACAUAAUUCUGGAGGCUCAGUCAAAUGAGCAAAUGAAAUGUCAGCAUGGGUCAUGCCAAUUAUCUACCCCGCAUGUUCAUAGCCACAAAAUAGUGUUGAGCAUGAGCUGUGAUUACCUCCGGGCAUUAUUUCGAUCUGGGAUGCAUGAAAGCUUUUCCGAAGUUAUCAGAGUUCCACUUGGGUGGCAAGCGUUAGACAAACUGAUCCGUUGGUUCUACUCAGGCGAGCUGCCCAAUGUUUCCCCAGACUGCCAAUGGAAGAACCUGGGCAGCGAUGCUCAGCUCUCUCACCUAAGUUCGUAUGUGGAGUUAUCAUCCCUGGCUGAAUUCUGGUUCUUGGAGGGAGUAAAAGAGAAGAGCCUUGAAAUAGUCACCGCCUGCUUGAACUCCAGCACAGACGCUGCUGUCGAUGUCAUUGCCUUCGCAGCUAGCCUGGGCCAGUGGGAAAUGGUCGAAGCUAGCACCAGGAGCGUGGCGCAUCUGUUCCCCAGGUUGCGAGACUCUGGCCAGCUGGAAGAGCUCGACGAUGAUGUGAUCGACUUGCUGCGAACCGAGUAUGUCCGGCAUUCGCAGCAUGGAGGUAGAAGCGACUGAACAUGUAAACCCGAGUAUACAUCAUGGUGCACUAUGUUACAUUCAGGUACAGGUAUCGCCUCUUCACAGAUAAUAUACUGUCUGAAAUGGCACAAUCUUGUUGCGAUGAUCUAGAAAGUUUUCCUGCGUCUAUGCGGGUAACCCUUCGCUUGUCUUGCACUGCUGGUUUAACCUACCUGGUCACCUCGUGGCCUUGCCUGUUUUA